GGUGAUUGGUGGUGGAGCAGUUCUGGAUACGGAGUUCGUUACGCAGUCAUCGCUCUAGUCUUCGUUGGUAUCGCCCUACUACUCUUCGGCGCCUACUUCCACGCCCAGCGCAGAAUCCGCAAGGGUCUGCAGCCUCUCGCCUACCACCGCUGGCUCGUCUCUCGUCGCCGGUACAGAGCUACGCCGUUCCCUCAGAACAACUACGCCUAUUACCAGCAAGACCCUGCAUACCCGCCACAGCAAGGACACCCGAUGCAGAACAUGAACGGCGGCGCGUACCACGGUGCGCCUGAAUUCCAAGCCCCACCGCCUGCUUACGGCAACUGGGAGGCACCACCAGUCUACCAGCCUCCCGAGGGUGCAAGCAAGGUCGCUGCCAACCAAAAC